AUCUCCGCUGUUUUUUCCCUUAUUAAUUAUUCAGGCUUCAGAUUCAGCCAACUUGCUAAUUGCCACUUUUCGUGUUCAUCCCAAUCAGGAUGAAGGUAGGCUUUAAUGGAUUAAGGGGUAAAGAAAUUUCGCUUAUUUCCAUUGUUCUCAUGUCUGGAACUAUCCUUUUAUGGUCAUGGGAGAAAACACCUGGUCUUAGCACCUUUAUUCCUCCUCAAACACCACCACUGCAGCUGUCUUCAGAUCAUUUAGUUAGUGGUCGUUCAGUCCAGGUGCUAGCACCAGAUCCACGAUUGGAUGAAGAUGGCUCAUCACUGGCUAAGAAAAAGACGACCAAUGAGCAAAAGGAACCACAUCUCGAGAGAGCAUCACUGACAGUUCCUGCACAAAGCACUUCUGGAGAGAACAAGGGUGAAGAUGGCUCAUCAUAUACUGAAAAGAUUCCUUCAAGUGUGUCAGAUGAAGAAGCAAAACCUGAAAGCAUCUUGGAAGGUGGGAAAAACCAUGGCGUACAGACUUUUUCCAGCUCAGGUGAGGUGGAGAAAAGUUUGAAACAAGAAGAACACAAGCAUAGAAAAGAUUUUGUGACAAACUCUCCACAAAUAAGCUCUUUAACUGGUGCAAAAGACGAGUUGAAUAAUGUUACUGAGAGUAAAGUCUGUAACUAUGCAAAAGGAAAAUGGGUCCCAGACAACAAGCGGCCGUUGUAUUCAGGUUUUGGUUGCAAACAGUGGCUAUCAGGGAUGUGGGCUUGCCGCUUGAUGCAACGUACUGAUUUUGAAUACGAGAAGCUUCGAUGGCAACCCAAGGAUUGUCAAAUGGAGGAAUUUGAAGGUUCUAAAUUCUUGAGAAGGAUGCAAAACAAAACUCUAGCUUUUGUCGGAGACUCGUUGGGCCGGCAGCAGUUUCAGUCUUUAAUGUGCAUGAUCACUGGUGGUGAGGAGAAGCUUGCUGUUGAAGAUGUAGGAAGGGAGUAUGGAUUGGUUAUAGCUGAUGGCUCUGCCCGUCCUAAUGGGUGGGCAUUCCGUUUCUCAAGCACUAAUACUACCAUCUUGUACUACUGGUCGGCUAGCCUAUGUGAUGUUGAACCUAUUGAUGUAAACAAUCCAAACACAGAUUAUGCAAUGCAUCUUGAUCGGCCACCAGCAUUCUUGCGCCAAUAUCUCCACAAGUUCAAUGUCCUGGUUCUCAACACAGGUCACCACUGGAAUCGGGGAAAGCUCAACGCUAAUCGAUGGGUAAUGCAUGUUGGUGGUGUGCCAAAUACUGAUAGGAAGAUAGCAGUGAUUUGGGGUGCCAAGAAUCUUACGAUUCACAGCAUUGUUAGUUGGGUGAAUUCACAGCUUCCAAAACAUCCAGGUUUGAAGGCAUUCUUUCGUUCCAUCUCUCCUAGGCAUUUUUUUGGUGGGGACUGGAACACAGGAGGCAGUUGUGACAACACCAAACCGAUGUCCAUUGGAAAGGAAAUAUUGGAAGAGGAGUCCAGUGAUCAAGGUGCUGCAAGUGCGGUAAAGGGGACAGGGGUUAAACUCUUGGACAUAACAGGUCUUUCUCAGCUAAGGGAUGAGGCUCAUAUAUCACGGUUCAGUAUUACAGCGAAGCCUGGUGUGCAGGAUUGCUUACACUGGUGUUUGCCUGGUGUUCCUGAUACAUGGAACGAAAUACUCUUUGCUCAAAUAUAGUUUGCUCAUUAUGGUGCUCGGAGAGUAUUUGGUCGGUGUUGAAAAGGUUACAACCAUUCCAUGGCUUGGAAAGGGUUACUCACUUUCAAAUCCAGUUUUUCAGAGGACGCAGUCAUGUGGUUGCAAUAUGUCCUAGCUGAGUUCGUACUUCAGAGCUGAUCUGAUGAGAUAUUUGAAGUCGUACGGUGCAGAGAUUUGUUAUAUCGCAUUGCCUUAAAAAUAACUUUGACUACGCAAAUUUUGAGGUCUUCUGUGGUAUAACUUAUUUGAGAUGUAAAUUAACUACUCCAUACGGCCUACACAUGGCAAGCGUUCAACUGAAAAGAAGGUAGAUAGACAAAGAUGCAGAAUAGGAUCAUUCGAAGAUUUUACCAGGAAGUGAUGUCUUCACAAUGUAUUGUUGUAGCAGAGGUUGAAGUCAAUAGAACAGGAAAACGCCCGUGCUCUCUAUUUAAAACAAUUUGGGCAGGGUGGAACAUAAUUUAUUCAUGGAUUUUUUAUAUAGCAUAUACCGAUUCAUUUCGUGCUGAAUGUGAUAUACAUAUAUAUUCUACGGACAAUAUUACUAGUGGGGUCUCUGAGUACAAUAGUUAUGCCGACCACUCUUUUAUGUCCUCAUCGAUCAACUGAUACGCCCAUGAUACGUUGCAACCGUAUUUAAUAGCGUGAUGUUAGUUUGUCUAUUAAUAAUGUAUGUGCAUCUUCU